AACAGAAACAGCUGACUACCUCCUCCUACAACAACAGUGGCCUAGUAAACCCACACGCUCACCGUGACAUUGUUGGCUUAACUGUUCUUUAUAUAAAAAUCUGCGUUGAGUUACAAAUUUAUCAACAUUCUUGGAGCAAUAUCAUCAAAAUGCAGGGAAUAAAAAUGGCUGGUGCAAAUGUGCGGGUUCUGUCCAUCCAGAGUCACGUUGUGUCGGGUUAUGUUGGAAACAAGAGUGCCUGCUUUCCACUUCAGGUUCUAGGCUUUGAAGUAGAUACCAUCAACUCAGUCCAAUUCUCUAACCACACCGGCUACAAGAACUUCACGGGGCAAGUUUUGGAUGACACUCAGUUGGAUGAUCUGGUAGAUGGGUUGAAGACCAAUGGUAUCGACCAUUAUUCACAUCUUUUAACUGGGUACAUUGGCUCCAGAUCCUUCCUUCGCAAAGUGAAGAGCGUUGUGGAACACCUCAAGACAGUCAACCCCAACUUGAUAUAUGUGUGUGAUCCAGUGAUGGGAGAUCAUGGGAAAAUGUAUGUACCAGAAGAACUGCUACCAGUCUACAGGGAACACAUUGUGCCUCUUGCAGACAUUAUCACACCAAACCAAUAUGAAGCUGAAUUACUGAGUGGCAAAAAAAUAAGGAAUGAAGGUGAUGCAGCGGAAGUGAUGGAAUGGUUUCACCAUCAAGGAGUGAAAACAGUUGUCCUUUCCAGUACUGAACUUGGCUCAGAGAAUAAAUUAGUGGGAAUGGCUUCAUCUAUGAACAAUAGGAGCAAAACCAGACUUCAAGUACACAUUCCACGUCUCCCAGCCAAUUUCACAGGCACUGGUGAUCUGUUUGCUGCUCUGUUGUUAGGAUGGAUGCAUCACACACACAACAACCUUAAGAAAGCUGUGGAGAAUACCCUCAACACCAUGCAAACCAUUCUUCACCGCACUCUAGACAUGGCCAGGAGUGAGGCAGGACCAGACUCUUCCCUAACAGUGAAGCAUCUGGAGCUUAAAAUGGUACAGAGUCUUGACGACAUCCGGAAUCCUGAGGCCAAAAUUAAAGCAACAAUUUUAGAUAACUAGGAUCAGUAACAAAGAAUGUGAUUUAAAAAAACAAAAACAUUUUAACUUAAGUAUUACAUUGUUAUUUAAUUUUAUGACUUUUAUAAAUUUAGAAGAACUGUUACUCCCCAAAAUUAAAAGAUAGAAAGUGAAAUAUGGUUGAGGAAAUGGAGAUGACGGUAGCUUGUAAAGUAUCACGAAGAAUUAUCUGAAUAUAGAGGUCUGAGUCCUUCACCCACAAGUAAAAAAAUGGAAACAUGUAAAAUACUGUACUGCUCUAGAUAAAUGUACUGUGGGCAACAUGAUACAUGUUAUGACCUGCUUAGUACAGUAGUCAUAAUACUAUAACAAAUACAGUAUUGUUUUUAUCAUCAGCCCCACUCAACCAAUAUCCUUCACAUUUUUUAUAUAUAAUAUCCUCUCAAGCUUUCUUGUUUAUUAUAGGGCAUUUUAUCCUUUGACUUUACAGUUGGAAAACACAUCAAUAUCAAAUAUUAGAUGUAAUAAAUAAUAGCACAUCUACAGUACGUAAAAGUAUGUGUGAGGCGCUCGGGUGAAUAAUGUCGAAUCAACCAAAACCACUACUCAAGAUAAUUUAGUUAAAAAAAUUUAAUUAAAUUAUUUCUUU